UGACAAUAGCUAUAAAAUAUUUGUAAAAAAAUGCCAUCGACUCAACUCUGGCUAGACAUGUAGUACCGACACAUUAUCACGUUCAAAUUUUUAGGUUUCGAGUAGACUGAAGACCGUUAACCAUGGCGGCAGAAAAACCAUAUGACUAUGAUGUAGUCCCUGCCGUAGAGGUUCUAGAAGCAGAGAUGGCUAUGAACGGCUCUAUGGAUAAAAGUGGCGGGAAAGGCGACAAGUCAGCUGCGACCCUAGAUGACGCCAUGUUGUUAUCGGGUUUCGGCAUGUACAACAUCUUGCACAUGCUGAUGUCAGGCGUCAUCCUGCUGGGCAUGAUCAUGCAGAGCCUUGCGUUAGGCUACAUACUGCCGGCGGCGCAGUGUGACCUGGAGCUCACGCUGCAGCAGAGGGGCUGGCUGUCUGCUAUACCGUUCUUAGCUAUAAUCCUGACAUCAUACUUCUGGGGCUGGCUGGCAGACACGCAGGGCAGGAGACCAGUCAUGCUGUUCUCCAUGAUCAUAUCUGCCGUCUUCUCAGCCUUCGCCAGCUUCGCGCCUGAGGUCAUCUCGUUUGGUGUACUGGUCUUUUUGUCUGCUAUAUUCAUGUCGGGCUCAUCAGCUGUCGUAUACACAUACCUGGGCGAGUUCAACAACCUGCGCCACAGAGACAAGAUGGUGGCAUUCGGAUCAUCCUUCGUCGGCAUCGGCACCGUCAUUCUGCCAUGUGUAUCCUGGCUAAUCUUGCCCCUAGAAUUCGCCUACCCCAUCCCAUUCCUGGGCAUCGAAUACCGUCCAUGGCGGCUUCUAGUAGUAGCCUGUGCCAUCCCCUUCGCGUUGGGCUCCGUGCUGCUCCUGUUCGCGCCCGAGAGCCCCAAGUUCCUGUUCGCGACCGGAGACUAUGAUGGUGCUUUAGAAGUUGUCAAGAGGAUCUAUUAUAGGAAUACGAAGAUGGAGGUUGACAGUUUUCCUGUUACCUCCCUAAUCAUAGAGAACCAGAUGACGAAGACAUCUAACGUGAAGGGCGCUGCGGCUAUCUGGGCGUCCAUGAAGGAGCAGACGGUGCCGCUGUUCCAGAGGCCGCUGCUGCCCUGGACUGCUCUCACCUGCUUCGUGCAGUUCGGGAUAUUUGCCACAACUAACGGAUUCUACGUGUGGUUCCCGUCCAUCCUCAAUUCUCUGGCAAACCACGAGGGCGGAGAGACCAAGAUCUGUGAUGUUCUCGACGCUGGCAGAGAUGCUGUAUCUAAUGGCACUAUAAUCUGCGACGACACAAUCCACACCUCAACCUUCGAGCGUUCCAUCUACAUUGGCCUGGUCUUCUCCUCCAUGUACAUCAUCGUGGGCUUCCUAGUAGACUAUGUGGGCAAGAAGCCGAUCCUCGUGGUGAUCCUGGGCUUCACCGGCAUCAGCGGCAUCUGUGCUCACUUGGCCUAUAACCAGCAGUUGGCCGUGGUGCUGUUCGCUAUCUUCCAGAUGUCUGGAGCGUGUAUUGGGUUGAUGAAUGCUGUGGCUGUUGAGUUGUUCCCUACUAAGUUUAGAGCGAUGGCGAUCUGCUUAUCCAUGAUGAUGGGUCGCGUGGGCUCCAUGGUGGGCUCCAACCUCAUCGGACUGUUCCUCGAAGUCAACUGUGGUGCUGGCUUCUAUCUGUUCGGAUCUAUUAUUAUUGUAAAUUCGCUGUUCUGCCUAACAUUACCGAACAAGAAAAGGAUCCCACACAAGAAAAUCGUAGUGGAAUCAACCCAAAACGAGACCCACGAACCCGUAUGAACCGGUUCAAACCAGAAACAUGGAACUGGACAGAACUAGUUAAUUCUGUUGCGAAGAAAACGAUAAUUGAUGAUUAAAUACUCCGAAAUAAGUCUUAGGACUUGUUUAUUGGCAAUGGGACCGAGUUCCUUACUGAAAUUAGUUAAGGAAAUCAGGUUUAAUUCAUCGCCAAUAGAUAGGCCUAAGAACCUAUAGUUAAUUGAAGGCUAUUAUUCAGAUGAUGAUGAUGAUGAGGCUACCGCGCUUGAUUUUACUACUUAUUAAAAUAAAUAUGUCUUUAAAUAAAAUAAAAAAAAAACAGUUGCGAUUAAUUAUUUAGUGCAAAGAUAAUGUCGUUCUUGGUAAGAAUACCUUAUUUAUACACACAAACCACAUUCUGUGUUACUAUUGUGCAAAUGACCGGACUUUAUGCGACAGUGGCGCCAACUGGUGACCAAUUACGGUAGCCCCUGUCAGAUGUGAUGAAUGAAGUGAUCAGAUGUAUUAGUUUAAUUUAUUUUUAUAAGAAGAUAAUUUUAUAUGAAGAAAUGUAAUUAUUUAACAACCAAAGAUUGUUGAGUAGUUAUAAGAUAUAACUUUAGCAUUUAAAGAGAUUGUAUACGAUAUUAGGUUAGGAGUAACGAUAAACUAAGUGAGAAUGUUCUAAUGCUCACAAGAGUUAAAAAGUUAACACUAAACUUAAUCUUUAAAACACGUUUAAUUAUUACGAUUGUAACUAGCAUAUUUUUUAAUGUUACGUCGUAACUAAUUGUAACUGAUAAAACUAUGACGAAAUACAAACAGCAAGCUUGUUUUACAGACAUGAGAUGAAGUCAUACUGCCAUAAUAAAUAUCUUCUGUUAAUUAUUUGUAAGAUUAAAAGCAUUUAAAA